AUGAAGAAUCUUGGGUUGUUUGAAACUCUCCUGUUUUUCUGUCUACUUGUCUCAUUCCGCAUAGUUUCUGUUUCUUGUCUAAACUCAGAUGGCUUAACUCUACUCUCGCUUCUGAAGCAUUUGGACAAAGUACCAAAAGAAGUAACUUUGACAUGGAAGACAAACGCAUCUGAAGCCACUCCAUGUAACUGGUUCGGUAUCAUCUGUGAUGAUUCCAGGAAGGUUACGUCUCUCAACUUCACGGGCUCAGGGGUUUCAGGCCAAUUGGGUCCUGAUAUUGGGCAGCUCACAAGCUUAGAGAUUUUGGAUAUGAGCUCAAACAAUUUCUCAGGGAUCAUACCUUCCAGUUUAGGAAACUGUAGCUCACUCGUGUAUAUUGAUUUCUCUGAAAAUGGCUUCUCUGGUAAGAUCCCAGAUACUCUCGGUAGCUUGAAGAGCUUGGCUGAUCUGUAUCUUUACACAAACUUCCUCAGCGGCGAGUUGCCUAAAUCCUUGUUUCAAAUUCCGGCGUUGAAUUAUCUGCACGUUGAGCAUAACAACUUGACCGGUUUAAUUCCUCAAAAUGUUGGCGAGGCUAAGGAGCUUCUGGAUCUGCGUUUGUUUGACAACCAGUUUUCUGGUACGAUCCCUGAGUCAAUUGGAAAUUGCAGUAAGCUGGAGAUUCUGUAUUUGCACAAGAACAAGUUAGUUGGUUCAUUGCCUGAAAGUCUCAAUCUUCUGGAGAAUCUCACUGACCUGUUUGUUGCUAACAACAGCCUACGAGGAACAGUUCAGUUUGGUUCAACCAAAUGCAGGAAGCUAGUGACUUUGGAUUUGUCAUACAAUCAAUUCGAAGGCAGUGUUCCUCCUGAAUUGGGCAAUUGCAGUAGCCUUGACGCUUUAGUCAUUGUGAAAAGCAAUUUGUCAGGUAAAAUCCCUUCAUCGUUGGGUAUGUUAAAGAAUCUUACAAUUCUUAACCUCUCCGAGAAUCGUCUCUCUGAAAGUAUACCCCCGGAAAUAGGAGACUGCACCAACUUAAACACGUUGAAGCUGAACGAUAACCAGCUCGGAGGUAUGAUACCGAGUGCGUUAGGUAAGCUAAAGAAGCUAGAAAGUCUUGAGCUUUUCGAGAACCGGUUCUCGGGUGAGAUUCCUAUCGAGGUAUGGAAGAUUCAGAGUCUUACGCAGUUGCUAGUUUAUCAAAACAAACUCACAGGGAAACUACCUGUGGAACUAACCGCGCUCAAGAAUCUAAAGAUCGUUACGCUCUUCAACAACAGCUUUAGUGGAGUAAUACCGCCUGGUUUAGGUCUGAACAGCAGCUUAGAGAUUGUGGAUUUCAUCGGUAACGAUCUUACAGGAGAGAUACCACCAAAUCUCUGCCAUGGAAAGAAACUGACAGUGUUCAACUUAGGAUCAAAUCGGCUUCACGGUAAAAUCCCUUCAUCUGUUGGGCAGUGCAAGACUCUGAGCAGAUUCAUCCUUAGAGAAAACAACAUUUCAGGUCUUCUUCCUGAGUUUUCUCAUAACCAUGAUCUUUCGUUUCUUGACCUCAACAGCAACAACUUCGAAGGUCCAAUCCCUCGUAGCCUCGGAAGCUGUAGGAACCUCACGACCAUCAAUCUGUCUCGAAACAAACUCACUGGACAUAUACCUCGAGAACUUGAGAAUUUACAAAACCUUAGUCACUUGAAUCUUGGGUUUAACUUAUUAAACGGUUCGGUUCCUUCAAAGUUUAGUAACUGGAAAGAUUUAACCACUUUGGUCCUCUCUGGAAACCGGUUUUCAGGAGUCAUUCCGCCGGACCGCCGGUCUUGA